AUGUUGUCGAAACGGGUGUUAAAUGUGUACUCGAAGGUCUUUCUAUCCUCAACACGGCAUUCAACAUCUUCUCCAUCUAGUUAUGUACCAGAUUCGACUAAUUUCGCUUUAAAAGUUCAAAAAAGAAUCGGAGAAACGCGAACUCAAGCUGAAUUGGGUGGAGGUAAAGCCAGAAUUGAUGCUCAGCACAAGAAAGUAAGUCCUUAUUUUACUUUUUUUAUGUUAGUUGCUUAGUUUAGGAAUAUGUGAAGUAUUUUAAUUGAAACUUUUGAGUUAUUUUCAUUUUUAUUAAAUUUGUUACCUAAAAUCAUAUAAUUUCAGGGAAAACUGACUGCUCGUGAGCGGAUUCACGUUCUGUUGGAUCCAGGAACAUUCAGAGAGUAUGACCAAUUUGUCGAACAUACCUGUACUGACUUUAACAUGCAAAAAGAAAAGGUAACAGUAGUUGAUGUUGUAGUAGAUGAUUUGUUUUAGUAUCCAGGAGACAGUGUGGUAACUGGGCAUGGUAAAAUCAGUGGAAGGACGGUUUAUGUAUUUUCACAAGAUUUUACGGUGUUUGGAGGCUCUUUUUCGAUGGCAAAUGCUAAGAAGGUAGUCAAGAUUAUGGAGGUAAGCAGGUUAUGAUGGGUGAGGUUGGGGUUAAUUUAUUUUCUAAAUUUUUUAUGUUGUAAGAGGUCGAUGUUAAAAAGAGUUCUGUAAAGCACGUUUGGCAACGUCUUGAACGUAAAUUUGGUAAAUGUUUUACUGUGUGACACUGUAAAUUGAUGUUACAGCAAGCCAUGUUGACGGGAUGCCCAGUUAUUGGUUUGAAUGAUUCUGGAGGUGCUAGAAUCCAAGAAGGCGUGGAUUCUUUGGCUGGAUAUGCUUAUGUGUUUAAGGUACGAGAUUUUUAAUUUUUUUUCAAAUUUGAACGUUGUUUCGACAUUUCAUAUUACUAAACACUGAUCUUUUAGAAGAACAUAGAAGCCUCGGGCAUAAUUCCUCAGAUUUCGAUGAUUAUGGGACCAUGUGCUGGUGGUGCUGUUUAUUCUCCAGCUUUAACUGAUUUUACUUUCAUGGUUAGAGAUACUUCGUAUCUUUUUAUUACAGGACCGGAUGUUGUCAAAGCUGUCACUAACGAAACUGUAACACAAGAGGAUCUUGGAGGUGCUAAGGUUCAUACUAAGGUAAAUAUUGCUUUUAAACCUACAUUUUUAAUUAGAAAAACAUUUUUUUUAAAUCCAGACACAUAUUUUAAAUUUCGAAAUUAAAAGAUAUUAUAAUAACUCACAUUUUUUUGUUUAAAACAAUCUUAUUAUAGGUAUCAGGUGUAGCCCACGGUGCCUUUGACAAUGACAUUGAAGCCCUGUUGAAUCUUCGCAAAUUUAUGAACUUUUUGCCAUUAAAUAACCAAGAACAGGCUCCAAUAUGCAAAUGUGACGAUCCAUGGGACAGAGAUGUACCAAAUCUGGACACGAUAGUACCACUAGACUCGAUGAAGGCGUAUGACAUGAAGGAAGUGGUACUGUCACUGGUGGACGAAGCUGAUUUCUUCGAGAUUCAACCAGAUUACGCCAAGAAUAUUUUAUGUGGUUUUGGUCGAUUUAACGGCCAGACGGUUGGAAUUGUUGGCAAUAAUCCAAAGUUUGCGGCUGGUAGGUUAUUUAAGGUAUUUGGGGAAUUUUUUGGUAAUUUUUGGUGGAAUAUAAAGGUUUGAAGGGGAAUUUUAAAGUUCAUGUUACUUUUCUUACAUUUUAAAUAUAUUAACAUGCAUAAUAAAGCUCAUAAGAUCUUUGUUUUUGAAUAUUUGAUAGUAUACUGCUUGGUUGUUGGUCAAAAUGUAUGCUUUUUGAUAUAAACCAAUUACAUUAACGUAAUUUUAAUUUUCUAAAAUUAAAAACUAACGUUUUAUUACCUAAAAUAAAAAACUAUGCAACUAAAUUUAAGUUAAAGUUCAAAUUCAACAACUUAUUUCAGGCUGUCUGGACAUAAACUCAGCGACAAAAGCAGCCCGCUUUGUACGAACCUGCGAUGCCUUCAACAUCCCAAUACUAACAUUGGUCGACGUGCCCGGCUUUCUACCAGGAACCUCACAAGAGUACGAUGGUAUCAUCAGACACGGUGCUAAGAUUCUGUACGCCUACGGGGAAGCUACAGUACCUAUGAUUACAGUAAUUACUCGCAAAGCUUAUGGAGGAGCGUACGAUGUAAUGGCAUCGAAACACCUUGGAGCUGACAUCAACUACUGCUGGCCGACAGCUGAAGUGGCAGUAAUGGGAGCAAAGGGAGCUGUCAGUAUAUUAUACAGAAGAGACGUUGAGAACCAGGCCAAGCACGAGAGGGACUACAUCGACCACUUUAGUAAUCCUUUCCCUGCUGCUACUAGAGGUAAGGUAUCUUGAUGUUGAGUUAGAUAGUUGAUGUUUAUUUGCUUUUGAUGGGUUUUCAGUAAUGUUAAGGUAGUAUAUUUGUUUAUAUUGUACUAUAGUAUAUAAACUAUAUUUUACUAUAGUAUAUUGUCCAUGGGCAUUGUAUGAUAUGGAUGAUAUAUAAAGUCAGAAAAAAUAGAAGAAACUUUGUUUCCAGGCUUCAUUGACGACAUUAUUGAACCACGCACGACUCGUCGCAAGAUAUGCCAAGAUUUAGAGUUACUGCGCAGUAAAAAAGUUGUCAAAAAGAACCGAAAGCACGGCAACAUACCACUAUAA